AAGCCAUAGGAAAGCAACAUAGCCAUGGAUAAAUUUAUCAGCAUGUGGAAAGUGCGAGAACUCGCCGAUAAAGUUACAAAUGUGGUGAUGAACUAUACAGAAAUCGAAGGCAAGGUACGCGAAGCAACAAACGACGAACCGUGGGGUCCAACGGGUCCACUGAUGCAAGAACUCGCCCAUGCCACCUUCACGUACGAACACUUCCCAGAGGUAAUGUCCAUGCUGUGGAAGCGUAUGCUGCAAGACAACAAAACGAACUGGCGCCGAACGUACAAAAGUCUACUGCUGCUUAACUAUCUGGUACGCAACGGAUCGGAACGUGUCGUUACCUCGUCCCGGGAACACAUUUAUGAUUUGCGAUCGCUAGAAAACUAUACCUUCGUGGAUGAGUACGGCAAGGAUCAGGGUAUUAAUGUGCGGCACAAGGUGCGCGAGCUGAUCGAUUUCAUCCAGGACGACGAUCGGUUGCGAGAGGAACGCAAAAAGGCGAAAAAGAACAAGGACAAAUACAUUGGCAUGAGUUCGGAAGCGAUGGGAAUGCGGUACGGUGGUAGUAGUGGUGGUGGUGGUGGUGGAACGGAUUACGGUGGCUAUCGCGAUAGUUACGAUCGACGAAGUGAGGAUCGAUAUAACGAGGCGAGGGACCAUCACGAGUACGAUUACCAGUACGAAGGGGAAAGGGAAGAUUCCGAUGACGAUGGACCACAGCACGACCGCGCCAACCGAUACCAGGAUCGGGAACCGUCGAAAAGUCCCGCCACGCGUCAAUCGUCCAGUUUGUCUACCGGAUCGACGACUGGCUUCGGUGGUGGCGGUGGAACGGGUGGCAGUGAGCGAAAGAUAAAUCUAAACAUUAAACCUACCGGCGGUAGUGGUGGUGGUAGCACGUCGUCGUCGUCGACCGCCAGUACACUAAGAAGCGCACAGAAAACGACCAAGAAAAUUGAUCUCGGAGCAGCUAGCGGUUUUGCAAAGACUGCGGCAUCGGCAGCAACGGCCGCACCAUCGUCAGUGAAUGCCGAUCAGUUUGGCAUCAAUUCUCCAACGCAUCGUAAUACGCAUGCAGAAGAAAUUGUAGGUACUGGAGGCACAACUUCCUCGGGCAAGCAGCAGGAUGUGCUAGAUGAUCUAUUUAAAACGUGUCCCACGAAAACGACGUCCACGUCCGGCAUGCUCGAUGAGGAUGAUUUUAAUCCACGUGCUACGGAAGAUUUUGGUGAUUUUGAAUCGGCCUUCGGUGCAAAUACUGGCAAGUCAGCGACAGUGACGGCUACGAAAGGAGAUGAUUUUGCAGAUUUUGCAGCAUUCGGAACGGAACCUGUACAGCAGCAGCAGACGACGGUGGCAUCGAAAGCAGCGGAAGGGAAUGCUGAUUUGCUGUUUGGGCUGAAUGUUGGAGCUGCCGGUCCCAUGGGAACAUCGAACAAUGGUGUCGGUAGUGCUCAUAUGGAUAUUCUUUCGGAUCUGAGUGGCCUGUCGCUUGGCACCAACACCUCGAAUGCAUCCAGUGUUACCAACACCGCCAUCACCGUGUCACCAAGCACCCAACAUCGAUAUAACGAGCUGCUUGCGAGUAUACGUGCACUACCCACAACACAAAAUGGCCGAAUCAUUCACCGGGACACGGAGCGUGAAAUGGUGAACGGCCAGCUUGCCCUGCUGCUCGAAAGUCUUCCGGGACCGGUUCAACCAGCCGAUGUACUGUGUGGAUCGAUCGUAUGGGACCGCUUUGCGAUAGAGGCGUUUCCGAGCUUGUUUGAGGAAUUGAUCCCGCUGAUGGGCCAUCUGCAACUGUCCCAUAUGCGUCGUCUAGUGACAAUCGAUGCAAGCGCUCAUUUUCCGUACGAAGCAAUCAAUGCGUUAACUAAGCGAUCGGUCUUACUGGGUGCGACGUGUGAAAUAGCGUUGCAACUAUUGACUUACCUAAUUGAGGAUGAUUCCGUUUUACCUGCAGCCUUCGUGAAGCUAUCCGUAACACAAAACGAUGCCAGCAAUGCUGACUAUAACCAGCUUUUGCAGCUUCUGUCCGCUGUUCCUAACAAAGUCGCUAAUGUGCUAAAAGCUAAAACACCCGAUAAUCUUUUACCAUCGGUGUACAGUAAAACACUUUACCGUCAAUUCGUUCGAACUCUCGUAACCUUAAAUGACGCUGUUAUUUACUACGAGAAGGAAGAAAACAUGGCUCAAAAGCCUUCGCUCCAAGACGCGUGUUUAACUACUCUGUUCAACAAGCUCGUGAUCGAUUUCCAUCAAGAUCGAAGCUCACCAACGUUGCGAGCUGUACUGUAUCUUCUCGUGGACGGAAUCUCAAGGAUGCCCAGAAUGGCUGAUUUCAUAAGAAAAAUAUUUGCAAACUUAACACCGACAGCGAUUGAAAUUGUAACGUUCAUUGCCCUGAACGAGCGAAUCGAUCUUUCGCCAAUCUUUGAGCGAUCGAUACCUAACAGCAGCUGGUCGUAUGUGUUGUUACAAAAAGUUCCCCUAUAUAAUUACUAUCCCAACAAUGACACGGUCAUUCAUGAACUGAUCUACCUGGUAGCGCAAUUGCCGUCAGUAACUCUAGAAACAAACGAAUCAGCUCUCGAACGAUUAUCGCAACAACUGUUAGUGGUUUGGUCAAGCCGAACAGCAAUUCAACGAACAAGCUUGGAUCAGCAUCUCUUCGUAACAAAACUACUACUGGCAGCCGUUACCACGACAAUUCAGAAUGAUUCUCGUUGGUCGAACGGCUCCAGUGACACGUAUCGUCGGUUGCUGUUCGAUGGAUUGAAGGCUCAUCUAGAAUCACCGAUUAAGGAGGUUCGCUGCAUCGGUAUGAUAACGGUUGAGAUUAUUAUGUGGUUGAUCGAUGAAAAGCGGGACCAAUUCAACAACCCUGACAGUGAAAAAGAGGAUGAAAAUCGGUUGCGGUUUGAUUAUGAAGGGUUUGAUGCAGACACGCUCACCUUGAUCGAAAAUUUGAAGAAUAUUGUUCACCGGCAAAGUUCCUUAGAUCAAGAGCGAAAAGAGCGACAUCAGGACGAAGAAAUAAUCAUGCAAGCUGUUAAAGAGUUGAUUCAAGAUGUUUCACCGGAAAACGGUGACAUGCAAGGACAACUUAACAAACAACCGUCGUCACUAGAAACGAGCUUUAUUAAUAUUUCGGCGGUAGACGAUAGCGACGAUGAGGAAGAACACGACAAUCGACAGUCACUGGAUUCCGAUGAUGAUGACGAUCUUCCAGUCUACGACAUGUCCAACGACACUAAGCUCGACCACGAACGAUUUCGUCCCAAGUAUCUGCUAGAUUUGCGUGAUGCUCUCAUCGAUACGGAUGCAACCAAAAGUCCGGAACGGUUCGAGCUCGCCGUUGAAUGUGCACCCGAACUGAUCGCCCAACAGUUGCCUAGUAAUGACGCGAAACUUGCACUUGAUUUGUUGCAAAUUUUCCUUUCGCUAGAGGCAAAAACGCACAUGCCAAAAUUUAGUGAUCGAAAGUUUAAUGCGCUAGUUGAAAUAUGUGUCGCAUUUCCAAAAGAAUGUGCCACAUUUCUUUGCCAACAGUUUCAUGCCGAGGUUAGCCGUUACGCGAUAAAUAGUCGCAUAUUCAUGCUGGAUGUAAUGACCGAGGUAGCUAAGGUGCUCUCGAACCACCGUAAUGUGGACGAUUCUUCAAACGAGCGAGCAAUGGACACCAAAUCGAUCACACCAUCGGCAAGCAACAAAAACCAACUACUGCUAAUGUUUCGUGACGAAGCAGAACAAAGGGCACGUCGAGAAGAAGCCGAACGGAUCGUACGUGAGCGAAUCGAGCGCAAAACGAGACGUUUUCGAUCAGCCUAUGCAAAGAUUCGCGAAAAGGCAGAAAAGGGCACGAUCAAUCGGUAUGGUGAAGUGGCCGGUUGGUUUUUCUUUCCUCUGAUACGUGGUUUCGGAGGGAACAAGUUUAUCUUCACGGCUGGCCUUAAAUUUCCCUAUGAUGCGGAAAAUCUGCUACUUGUCACCUUCCUGCAGGCACUAUCGGUGCUUAUGGUAUGUGCCGAACAUUGUCCCAUUGCUGGACGCAUGGCGAGGGAGCUGUUUACGCUCGCGAAGCUGCUUCGCUACAGCGAGGAACCGAAGGUGCGACUUUCGGUGAUGCAACUAUUGGCGGCCAUCUUUUUAGCGAUCCGGGCGGAUCUGCUGCAAGUACAAUUCUACGAGGAGCUGGUAGAACUCAAAGAUUGGCUCGAGGAGUGCACACAGAGCGAUGUUGUACGGCGGGGUGAAACUAACGAGGAAUGUCGUGAGCUAGCACGCCAUCUACUUGCCAUGUGCUACAGUGCACUGGUAGAAGAAAGUGCCUAA